ACCUCCUCCCGUAGUGGUGAGUGAGUGAGGGAGGACUGCCUCUCCUCUGCCUUUCCUUGCCUUGUCUGACCGCCUGCUUGCCUGGCUGCCUGGCUGCAAAGUGCCCGGGAGAGAGAGAGAGAGAGAGAGGGAGAGAGAGCCACUCUGCUAUACUCAGACACUUGUUCUUGCCGUUGGUCUGCCUGCGCUCUGCUCUCUUCUCCUCUCCUCUCCGCUCCUCUCCUCUCCGCUCCUCUCCGCGCGUGAUCCAUGUGUGGAUAUUUACCUCCGCGCACCACGGCACACCACGGCACGGCGUGCCGGCUUCUGUGAAUGAGCGCGGGAGCGUGACGGUGGCGGCACUGAGAGCUGUGAAUGGACAGGCAGCUUUGUCUUAGUCUGAAAGGAGGAGAUGUGAUGAGAGGGAAAGAGAGAAAGAAAGAGAAACAGUGAGACUAACUGGUAGAGUGACUGGCUUGUUGACUGGCUGGUUGACUGGGACUGAAAACUGGCACUUCUUUUUAAAGUCUGAAAGGAUUUAACAACCAAAGAAAGACAAGAAAAGAAAGGGAGAACAGAUAAAGGUACCUGGAGAAGAGAGAAGAUUUGACUAACUCCAUUUGAGGAUGGCGUACCGCGAGGAGGACCUGAUCGGCAUCCCGUUCCCCAACCACAGCAACGAGGUGCUGUGCAGCCUGAACGAGCAGCGGCGCGCGGGCCUGCUGUGCGACGUGCUGCUCAUCGUCCAGGACCAGGAGUACCCCACGCAUCGCUCCGUGCUGGCCGCCUGCAGCCAGUACUUCAAGAAGCUCUUCACCGUCGCCUCCACCGACAGCCACAGCAGGAGCAGCAAUGGGCACGGUGGGCACGGAGGGCACAGCGGCGAGGCGCCGCCACAGCACGCCGUCUACCAGAUCGACUUCGUGGGGCCCGAGUCUCUGACGGCCAUCUUGGAGUUCGCCUACACCUCCACGCUGACGGUGACGGCGGGCAACGUGAAGCAGAUCCUGCACGCGGCCAAGAUGCUGGAGAUCCCCUGCAUCAUCAACGUGUGCCUGGAGAUCAUGGACGGGGGAGGAGGAGGAGGAGGCCGAGAGGAGGGAGGAGGUGCAGGAGGCCUAGCAGGAGGUGGACGAGGAGGAGAUGUGGACCACCGUAGCUAUGACGACGAUGAAGACGAGGACGAAGACGAGGACGAGGACGACGAAGACGACAUGGAGGACGACGCGGGGGAGGAGUCCAGGGAGGAGGAGGAGGAGGAGCACGAAGACGAGCGCGGCGAAGACGACGCCACCAGCGAGAAGUCCUCCGCGCAGUUCUCCGAGCCACGGGACGGGGGCGCCAUGGAGCAGAUGAUGAUGAUGGGAGGAGGAGGGAGUGCGGAGAGCCGCGGGGGGAGCCCUGCCUGCAGCUCCCAGCAGGACUCCUGCCAGCAGCAGGGCCGGGCCGAGCCGGAGCUGCGGAGGAGGAGGAAGUGCCGUGGAGACGGAGACAGAAACGGGGAGAGCCCCGAGAACCAGAACCAGAAGGGCUCCAGGGACUCAGAGAGCGGCUUAGAGGGCCGAGCGGCGCUGAAAGACUUUUCCAUUGAGUCACUGCUCCAGGAGGGCCUGGGCUACUCCAAGAUGCCAGGCCUGGUGGUGCCGGCGGAUGGGGGGAGAGGAGGUGGCCCAGGCUCGGGCUCCGGCCCAGGCUACUCCCCGCUGCUGCCCAGCUUCUACCCUCCCAUGUGGGCCGCCGAGUUCCCCGCCUUCCCCCAGAUCCUGGAGGCCCACCAACGCCAACACCAACACCACCAGCACAACCAGCACCACCACCACCACAGCAGCAACGGCCAGCGCCCUUUCGGCCCACAGACGGAGAACGCGCCCCUGGACCUGGCCGUCAAGAAGGAGGUCAUCCAGGACGACUUCAUCAAGGAGGAGGUCUCCCCGGUCUCCGCGCUCCUGCACAGGGACUUCUUGAAGGAGUUUGUGAGCCAGGGAGGAGCGGUCGGAGCAGCAGUCGGAGGAGCAGCAGCAGGUGGAGUAGGAAUCGCCCUCGGCGGCGGUGGCAGCAUGGUGCUCCCCACGGACGCCCAGCUCCAGCUCAGCCACAUCAAGGACGAGUCGGACCUGCGCUCCUACCUGAGCUUCCUGAGCGCCUCCUCGCACCUGGGGGUGUUCCCGCCGUGGCAGCUGGAGGAGGCCGAGCGCUGUGCCAAGCUGAAGCCCAAGGCCUCACAGCAGUGCCCCAUCUGCAGCAAGGUGAUCCAGGGCGCCGGCAAGCUGCCGCGCCACAUGCGCACGCACACGGGGGAGAAGCCCUACAUGUGCACCAUCUGCGAGGUGCGCUUCACCCGCCAGGACAAGCUGAAGAUCCACAUGCGCAAGCACACGGGCGAGCGUCCGUACAUGUGCCUGCACUGCAACUCCAAGUUCGUGCACAACUACGACCUGAAGAACCACCUGCGCAUCCACACGGGCGUGCGGCCCUACCAGUGCCAGCACUGCUGCAAGAGCUUCACGCGCUCCGACCACCUGCACCGCCACCUGAAGCGCCAGAGCUGCCGCGUCUCGCGCCCGCGCCGGGGACGCAAGCCCGCCGCCUGGCGCGCCUCCAACUUCCUCUACCCUCCCCUGCCACCGCCUCCAUCCGCGACACAGUCGCCGCCACGGUCGUCUGACCCGGCGCGCCAUCCUCACCACCCGCACCACCUGCGUCAACACCAUCCGCUACAGCUACAGCAGCAGCACCACCCGCACCCGCACCCCCACCCGCAGCAGGAUGGCGCUGCCAGCGUGACCACCGCCAAGGGCCUGGCUGCCGCGGCGGGGUGCCGCCUCCUGCCCAGCACGCCCCUGCCCGCCCUGGGCGCACGGGGCAUGGCCGAGAGGAGGCCGCAGGGGGGCCGGGCCCUGGAGGACUGCGAGGGGGGCGGCAGGGAGGCCGCGGAGGCCCGUCUGGUGGACCGGAGCCACGUGGCGAUGGGGGGAGGAGGAGGAGGAGGAGGAGGAGACGGGGAGAGGAAGAGGGGCGUGUUCUCCUUCGCCCUGGCCCGGGACGAGGUUGUCCUGGCAGCCCAUGCUGUUGCGGCGCCCUUCCCUCCGUUCCCGGCUCCUCCAGGGCAGGCACCCGCCCAGCCAGCGCCUCCGCCCCCGCCCCCGCCUGCUCCCAGCGACCCCUGGACUGUCAGGCUGGAGAGGGCCCCACCCAUCCCCGAGGCGGCCAACUGACCUCCCUCCCUCCACCCUCGCUCCACCCUCCCUUGCUUUCCAUAACGUCCUCCUUAACUCUAUGUCUCUCUCUCGCUCGGUGUCUGUCUGCUCCGCAAAGAAGCUAUGUAUGCAUGAGCAAAAAGAAAAAUCUGAUACAGUCAGUUGUGUUUGCGUACAAGCAGGACAGGCGCACAUGCGUACGCACACUCGUGUGGAGGUCAGUUGCGCACACUUGUGCACACACACACACACACUCAAGGUUGUACUGUACAGAAUUUUCCCACAACACACACACACACACACACACACACAUGCACACGCUCACACACACACACACACACACACACACACACACACACACACACACACACACACACACACACACACACACACACACACACACACACACACACACACACACACACACACACACACACACACACACACACACACACACGAUCACAGAGCUGAGUGGGAGGACAAUCCUAAAUCUACUAACUUAGGCUUCAGAAAUGCAAAGCCAUUUUUCAAACGAACACUUUUUGUGGACUUCAUAAAUUGUACAGUUGUGACAUUUUAUUGCCUUUUAUAUGGCAGAUUCCUUUUGUCCUUUAUGACAACUGAGAUUUUGAACAUUUUUAGAGAAUAAAUGUUUUAUUAUUAUUAUUGUUAUUAUUAUUAUUAUUAUUUUGAAGGUUGUGGUUUCAGUACAUUUCUACUUACAAUAAAAAAUGAUGUCUUUGCAUUAUAAGGAUCUAAGAUUUUGUUGGCUUCUCAAUCAGCUGUUUUGUUUUGCCAGUAUAUUUGCUAACCAGCAUUAAGUUGAUCUGAAGUUCUUUGUUCAGACGGAGGUUUCAGGUUAAAUAUGUGGUUCUCUCUCUCUCUCUCUCUCUCUCUCUCUCUCUCUCUCUCUCUCUCUCUCUCUCUCUCUCUCUCUCUCUCUCUCUCUCUCUCUUUCGCUCUUUCUCUCUCUCUGGUUUCUCAAACCACCCCCUUGGCCAUCUUGCUUGUGAAUGCCACUGCCACUGACUUUGCGUCUCUCCGUAAGCGCUCUAUAAAAUGAAGGACUAAAUGUCUAUAACUAAGGUGUAUUGAAUUCAAAUAAAAAUAUCCAUCAGCUCUAAAAAACCUUGAC